UGAAGAGUUUCAGUGCAUCGAAAGUACUGUGUUGACAGAACACUGGGAGAUGCAAAUGGAAGACUGGAGACUAUAUAUAUACCUUCUACCUAUUAUAGUGUUUUACACUAGUACCAUUUAUUGUUCCAAACACCAAUAUAUACUAUCAGUGUAUAUUGACUGUUUAAAAUAAAUAACAAUUCAAUGAGUCAUUGAUAUUCUGAUCAAGUAAUUAAUCGAUCAUAGAUAAAGAUUAAUAUACAACACUGGUUUUUUUCUCACUCGUCUAUGACAUAUAGUCACAUCUUUAAGUAGUGUAAUCUUGUCAAUUAGUUAUAUCUGUUCGCUAUAGACUUUGUGAGUAUGUGUACGUAUUGGGGAGAUCCAAGACAAGAAAGACUCUGGAAACACUGAGAAGCAUCUUAUCCAGUCAGUCUUCAUUAGAGGAUUUGUCAGAGACAUCUAGAAAAUGAAAAGUUACAUGUCGAGUUGCUGAUUGGAUGGUUACUUAUACUGCUACUAUGCUUUUAAUAGUAUUCCAAAAUUUUCCGGAAACCCAAGGACAUCUAAAAUACUAUGAAAACCCUAGAUUUUCUGUGCAUUAAGAAACCUUUGGAGUAAAAUGUUUCUUCCAUAUCUCGCGCCAUUUUCUCUCGUUUUCAAGUUGCUGUGUAAAUCUGUCCUGGGGGUUAGGAACCGAAUCGAGCGUUCAAUUAGAAGACUUAUUAGUACAUACAAUUAUCAAAUACAAUAGCCAUGUUAGAAGAACAAAUUGCUGGAUUAAUGGAACGAUUAAAAAAAUAUGAUAAUCAAUCAAUGAUGAAAGGAACAGAAAUAAUCCAAUCAAAUUUUUCUUCUUCCACUUCAUCUCCAACUUCUACACCUUUAUCGAAUUAUCGACGACAUUUAUUACAAAAAAGCUCACCGACCUCUUCUCCAUCAACAAUUAUACCACCAACCAAGAAAAUAAAUACAACUCUUAGGCCUAUUCAUACUGGCAAUAAUAAUAAUAAUAAUAAUAAUAAUAAUAAUAAUAAUAAUGUUGACGCAUUAUCUUUAAAAAAUAUACAUAGAUCAACCAUUUACAGUAAAAAUUAUGGCGGAUAUUUUAAAGAGAAAAUAAAAUUGAAACCAAUAUACAAUUAUAAUAAUAACAACAGAAGUAACACUAAUCAAUAUAGUAGUAUUUCAUUUCCAGGUUAUCGUGAAAAAGGUGGUUUAUUCUUUAUUGAUGAUGAAUUAUUCGAUCAACCAGAUAUUGGUGUUACUUCUAGUAAUAAUAAUAGUAGUAUUCUUGGUGCUGAUAAUCAACAGAAAUUAUUACGAACAAAUUCUAAAUCCUCUUCCAUUUCACAAUUAACAUCUGAAAAAUUUUCAUAUACACAAUUAUCAUCAUCUAAUUUAUAUUAUAAAAUGCCAUGGAUGUUGAUGAUCAAUUCAAAGAUGACAAAUCAACAAAAAUGUACACUAUUAACUGAUCAUGAUGAUAAUAAUGAUACAUUGAAUAUAUCUUCAAUGUUACAUCGUACAUUUAGUUGGCCUUAUUUAAAUAAAAUGUUAUUUAAUUGUAAUGAUCAUACUGAUUUAUUUUAUAAUUUGGCAAAUUAUAAUCAUUCUUCACAAUAUACCAUAAAUCCUAAUAUGAAUGAUCAUUUAAUAAAUGGGAAAGAUAAUCAUGAUACUUCAAUUAGUAACGAUUAUCAUUGUGAAGCACUUUCUAAUGGAAUUCAAGUUAACCCAUCAUCAGAAAAUAUGGGAUUAUCAAAUUCUUUACUCAUUACAGAAUCUGAAGUUAAUCGGCCUAGCAGUCGGUCGUCUACACCAUCUCCAUUACAACACAAUCAUCAACAUGUACUGACUAGUGAUCUUAACAAUAAUAAUAAUAAUAAUAAUAAUAAUAAUAAUAAUAAUAAUAAUAAUAAUAAUGAAUCAAAUAAAAAAGAAAAUUCUUUUAUCACUGAAUUGAUUGAAAAUAAUUUAACAGAAACAAAAACAACUUUACCCAAUGAUAAAUUGAAACCAAGAAUAUCUGAUCAAAUUAAUGAUUUAUUAGAUGAUAUUAAUUUUGUUAGUUAUUUAGAUCGUAUUUAUAAUCCAUAUAUACGUUCACAAUAUCAUGAUUUAAUUCAUUUAGAUUAUAAACCAGCUUAUAGGCAAUUAUUUCAUGAAACAUUUAAUUUAUUAAAAAAUGAAAAAAGAUAUUUGGUUGACGCUAUACAACAUGCUGCUAAUAUGCUUUUGGAGAUGAAAAAUUAUUCUUUGUCACCAAAAGCGUACUAUGAGUUGUAUAUUGUUGUUACAGACAAACUACGCACUCUGGAAUCCUACCUUAUCGAAGAACACAAAAGUGGACGCAAGGUUUCAUAUUUAUAUGAAACGGUUCAAUAUAUUUCAAAUAUUCUUCCUAGAUUGUACUUACUUAUCACUGUUGGAGUUUAUCAUAUUAAAUGUUCUGACCUGUCGCGACGUGAAAUUCUUCGUGAUCUGGUAGAAAUGUGUUCUGGUGUACAACAUCCUACAAGAGGUCUUUUUUUGAGAAGUUAUCUAUUGCAAUCACUACGAAGUGAUCUUCUUCCAGAUAUUGAGGACUCACCAUCAACACAUGCAGCUGUAAAUGAAACGGAAGAUGAUAACAACAAAAGUAGUGGUAAAUUAUCACCUGAUGAGAAUAAACUAGACGAUAACAAUAAUAUUAAUGAUGAUGGUGAACAAAAGAUUAGCCAAAAAUCAAUUCAUGUUUACUCACAAGGGACAAUCGCUGAUAGUAUAAACUUCCUAUUAUUCAAUUUUUCGGAAAUGAAUAAACUUUGGGUACGAAUGCAACAUCAAGGACAUACCAGAGACCGUGAAAAGCGAGAACAAGAACGUCGAGAAUUACGUAUACUUGUUGGUGCAAAUUUGAAUCGAUUAUCCCAACUAGAAUCAAUCGAUGUUGAGCGAUAUAAAACACAAGUCCUACCACCGAUUUUGGAACAGAUUAUUGAAUGCCGUGAUGUUAUCGCACAAGAAUAUCUCAUGGAUGUGGUCAUACAGGUUUUUCCUGAUGAGUUUCAUUUGGCCACCUUACCUCUGUUGUUGCGUACUUGUAAUCAUUUACAAGCUGGUGUGAAACUGAAGCCGAUUGUUUGCAGUCUUAUCGAUCGUUUGUCUAAACAUGUAGCUACUGAAUUAGAAGCUGGACGUGAAUUAAAAAUUGAAGUAUCAUGCAAUAAUUAUUCACCAAUUAAAGCAAAAACUUCUUGUAAUAAUAUCAACGGUAAUUAUGAUGAUGAUAAUAAUAAUGGCAAUCAUUCUUCUCUACAUAAUGAAGAAGAUAUAUCUUUAUCAACAGUUUAUGAUGUUCAAUUAAAAAACUCUAAUCAAAAUCAAGAGAACAUAAUAAAGAAUGAAAUGAAUACUUCUACUAAUAUUGAACAAACUUCCAUGUCAACAAAAACAACCACAACAACAACAACUGAUCUUUUCUCAUUAUUCUUCUAUGAAGUAAAUCAAAUUAUUCAUGCACGUUUAACAUUAUGUGAAUUAACAUUGAAUAAUUUACAAUUAUCAUCAUCAUCAUCUAAUAUUACUACUAAUAAUAAUAUGAAAACUCGUCCUACAAUACAAACUGUAGCAAUAAUGAAUGGUUUACCAUUAGAAGAUAUUCCAGCAUUUUAUUCAGUUUUAGUUUAUUUAGCUAUGAUAAUUCAUCCAAAUAAUUGUUCUUCCUUAAUUGAUAUUUGUUUAAAUGCUACAGCAGAUGCAUUGAAUCAUGUUGGUCUAGUUCUAAUACCUUCAGGAUCUUCAUUAUCACGUGAUUUACUUCGCCUCCUGUAUCUACCAUUAGAUGGUUCAUUUCCCCAAUCAAUGAGUGGUGCUCAUCGUAUAAGCGCUCCUAUAUCAUCACUUAGCGAUUUACGCACAGUGCUAGGAAUGUCCGGAUUUCGACGUUUAGUUUCAUUAUUAGAUCCAAAAACUACCAAAUGUCGAUUAGCUUAUGAUCUAUUGAAUGCUGCUUUAGAACGUGAUCAACGUCAGCGUCAAGUGUUACAAUUUACUCAAAAUAAUUACAAACAUGAUAUAAAUAAAGAUUCAUCAUUGUCAUGUGCUCAUUUAUCAUCACGUUUGACUACUGAAGCAGAUCUAGAUAAUUUAUUUGAAUUAAUUGAUGGAUUGUUAACAACUGAUCCUAAUACAUGUGAAGAUCCAAAUGAAUUUAUUGAUGCACAAAGUUUAAUAGCUGGUAUGCUACAUAUUCUAGGACCAAGUCCUAAAAGUCUAGAUCCAGAUAUAUGUUUCAAAUUAUUUACAAAAGCUCAAUUACGUUUAGAACAAGCUGGACAUGCAAUUGUUCGUUUUAAUUUUCCUGCACUUGUUUUUCAAAGUCUUCAAUUAAUACAAACCUAUUAUGAAUUACGUAAUCAAAAUUCUAAUUGGGAAGAAAGUGUUACAAAUGUAGUGAGAUUUUGUCAUCGUUGUUGUACAUGUUUAGUAGCAGCUGAUGCAUCGGAAUCAGCUUUACGAUUAUUUUUAUACUCAGCACUAGUGAUUGAUAAAAUACAAUUUACCAAUCAAGAAUCAAUGAUAUAUGAGUUUAUUUCACAAGCGCUUACACUUUACGAAGAAGCUGUUUCAGAUUCUCAUGCACAAGUUGAAGCAAUUGCAUUAAUUACUAGUACUUUAUAUCAAAUUAAUUGUUUCACUGGUGAUAAUCAAUCUACAUUACGUACUCAAUGUACACGAGCUGCAGCACGUCUACUACGUAAACAUGAUCAAUGUCGAGCAGUUUGUGCAAGUACACAUUUAUAUUGGCCAACUAAACCAUUAAUUAGGAAAGGAAUUAAGCCAAGUCUACUUAUCCCUGUGACAGAUAAUAAUCCUGAAAUUUCAACUUAUGCAAAAUUAUCUGAAACGGAAGAAUUAUCAGAUGAAUAUUACAAUAAAUUACGUGAUCCAAAAGGUGUGAUUUCAUGCUUAGAUCGAGCGGCUCGAUUUGCCAAAGAAUGUAUGGAUACUGCUGUUCGUGCACAAUUAUUUAUUGAUAUUCUUAAUUUAUCUGUUAAUCUUCGUUUAUCUGGUUGUGUACAAAUAACUGAUGAUCGAAUAAAUGAUAUCAUUAGUGAGAUUAGGAAUUUACUGAACAGUUUGGAACCAUCUCCUGUCACUGAUCAUAUAACAGUACAUUUUAAGAAUACUUUAAAUUAUAUACGAUAUGAACAACAGACUACUACUGCCGUUAGUGAUUCAGUCAGCGUCAGUGUUGAUAAUGAUCCCAAUGUUCAGUCAUUAAGUAGCAAACUAUUUGCAUCUGUUCAAUUAUAA